AUGGCUAGCAAUCCCUACGAAGUCGAGCAUAACAUUAAGGCUUCGGACCGCCGACCCCAUCGGCGGCGCCCGGACAUGUCGAGCUUCACCUCGCAUUUACAUCAGAUAUCUCCAGACUCGGCAACGAAUAAUGCACGAAGCCAACGGGAGCCAACGGGCCCUACACCCGUGGACGCGGCAGCGCUAUUCCACCUCUUGCGGGACCAAUUUCAGACGCUAUCUACGGACGCCCCGACGGAAGAGAACCGAGACUUUCUUGGGUCCCUGAUGUCGGCAUUGGAGGACGACAUUAGGGCGCCGCCCGAGAAGAUCCCCGGCGUGAGCCAAGAGUACCUCGACACGUUAGACCGAGUGCCGCGGAAGAGCCUCAAGAAGGACGACAGCUGUCCCAUCUGCGCCGAGCUCUUCGUCGACGAUCCUUACCCCCUGGUGGUUGAGCUGCCGUGCCAUGGGAGUCAUAAGUUCGAUCUGGAGUGCGUUGGGCCGUGGCUACAGAGCAAGGGCACGUGCCCUAUGUGUAGAGCAGACUUGAACAAGAAGAAGGUCAUCGAAAUUCCGAAGGAUGACGACGAGGAAGAAGACGAUGUUGAUGGGUUGUACGGCUAA